AUGCCCUUUGAUGCGUCCUUCACGUUCCACGUGUACGGGUCCGUCUGCCAAGUGCUGCAAGAUGAGGGGGAACACCAAGCAGGCUGGAUAGAGGGUGUUGCAAUCCUAGUGUCUGUUGUAGUGGUCGUACUGGUGACUGCAUUUAAUGACUACACAAAGGAAAAGCAAUUCCGUGGCUUACAAAAUAGAAUAGAAGAUGAACACAAGUUUUCUGUGAUCCGUGGGGGAGAGGUGGUGCAGCUACCUGUGGGGGAAAUAUUGGUAGGCGACAUUUGCCAAGUAAAAUAUGGUGAUUUAUUGCCAGCAGAUGGCAUUGUUAUCCAAAGCAAUGACCUUAAAGUGGAUGAGAGUUCGCUAACAGGAGAGUCUGACCAUGUGAAAAAAAGUGAGACGACAGAUCCACUGCUACUGUCAGGCACACAUGUAAUGGAAGGUAGUUGCAAGAUGCUGACAGUAGCAGUGGGAGUAAACUCGCAGACUGGAAUUAUUUUCACACUGCUUGGCGCAGCAUCACAGGAGGAGAAGGAGGAGAGGAAACGGCGGAAGAAGCAGGGUAGAAAGAACAAACCCAAAACCCAGCUGGAUGUUGCAAAAGAUGCUGCCUCGGCCGAGGAAGGCAUGCAGUUGAACGAGGUUGCUGCGGGCCAGCCGAACCACGCCGACAAGCAGCACAACCCCGACAACAACCUGAAGGACAAGGAGCCGACGCCGCCGCCGCCGCCAAAGAAACAGGCUGUAGCAGACGAAGGAGCGGACAAGAAGGACAAGUCGGUGCUGCAAGCAAAACUCACCAAGCUAGCCAUCCAGAUCGGUUACUUCGGCUCUGCGGUUGCUAUACUCACGGUCGUCAUGCUCGUCGUCAGCUUCUCGAUCGAAACAUUUGUCUUCGACAAGAAACCGUGGUCUGGCUUCUACGCCAACUACUUUGUCAAGUUCUUCAUUAUCGGUGUCACAGUGCUGGUCGUAGCUGUACCGGAGGGUCUUCCAUUGGCGGUCACCCUGUCAUUAGCUUAUUCAGUAAAGAAAAUGAUGAAGGACAACAACCUGGUGAGGCAUCUCGAUGCCUGCGAGACGAUGGGCAACGCGACGGCCAUCUGCUCGGACAAAACGGGUACACUGACCACCAACCGCAUGACUGUAGUGUCCACCUACAUCGCAGGGCAAUAUGCGAAGGAGGAGCUGCCCAGCUAUGAGUGCUUGCCUGCUAACACCGCGCAGCUGUUGGUGCAGGGUAUUGCACUCAACAGUGGCUACACAUCGAAGAUAAUGUUUUCGAAAGUUCCGGGCGAGCCUCCGAAGCAGGUUGGCAAUAAGACAGAGUGUGCCUUACUCGGGCUGGUGCAUCACUUUGGCAAGGACUACAAGACUGUCCGGGACGAGAUGCCUGAGGAAUCCCUGACGAAGGUAUACACGUUUAACUCUGUGCGCAAGUCCAUGAGUACAGUGGUGCCGCGGCCGGGCGGCGGACUUCGUGUGCACAGCAAGGGUGCUUCUGAAAUUGUGCUGAAAAGGUGCUCUUUCAUUCUCAGUGCCAACGGCAAGCCGCAGCGCUUCAAUGCGAUCGACCGCGCGCUGCUCGUGCGUAACGUCAUUGAGCCAAUGGCGUGCGACGGCCUGCGCACGAUCUGCGUCGCCUACAAGGACUACACGCCGCACGAUGCUGACAAGAACGAGGUGCACUACGACGAUGCCGGUCCACCGGACCUCGACGAUGAGGUUGCCGUGACGACGGGACUCACGUGCAUUUGCAUCGUCGGCAUCCAGGACCCUGUGCGGCCCGAGGUGCCAGCGGCCAUCAAGCGGUGUCAGAGGUCAGGCAUCACCGUGCGCAUGGUGACGGGUGACAACAUCAACACCGCACGUUCGAUUGCCAUCAAGUGUGGCAUCAUCAAAGCACGCGACGAUUUCCUCGUCAUUGACGGCAAGGAGUUCAACAAUCAGAUACGGGACGAAUCGGGCGAGAUAAGCCAGGACCUGCUGGACAAGAUAUGGCCGCGACUGCGCGUGCUCGCUCGCUCCUCACCACAGGACAAGUACAACCUCGUCAAGGGCAUCAUUGACAGCAAGCUGACAGCAAACAGGGAGGUCGUCGCCGUGACGGGUGACGGAACGAACGACGGACCAGCUCUGAAGAAAGCCGACGUGGGCUUUGCCAUGGGCAUCGCCGGCACCGAUGUUGCCAAAGAAGCGUCCGAUAUCAUCCUCACCGACGACAACUUCACUUCUAUAGUGAAGGCUGUCAUGUGGGGCAGAAACGUCUACGACAGCAUAGCCAAGUUUCUGCAGUUCCAGCUGACUGUCAACGUCGUUGCCGUCAUCGUUGCCUUCGUCGGCGCCAUUGUUAUUAAGGACAGCCCGCUGAAGGCGGUACAGAUGCUGUGGGUGAACCUCAUCAUGGACACUCUGGCGUCGCUGGCGCUGGCCACCGAGCCACCGACACAUGACCUGCUAAAGCGCAAGCCGUACGGCCGCACGAAGCCGCUCAUCUCGCGCACGAUGAUGAAGAACAUCCUCGGGCAAGCUGUCUACCAGCUGACCGUCGUGUUUGUGCUGCUGUUCUGUGGUCAUACUAUUUUUGACAUUGAGGAUGGGCGAGGGCUGACGUUUGGAGCGCCUCCAUCAGAGCACUUCACGAUCAUCUUUAACGCCUUUGUGAUGAUGACCGUCUUCAACGAGAUUAAUGCACGGAAGAUUCACGGCGAGCGCAACGUCUUCCAGGGCAUUCUGAAAAAUCCCAUCUACUACGGAAUCUGGUUAACUACGCUGCUGUUGCAGGUUAUCAUCGUUGAGUUUGGCGGUCCUGCCUUCUCCACGACGGGACUGACGCUGGACCAUUGGGUGUGGUGUAUCUUCCUCGGCAUGGGUACGUUGGUGUGGGGCCAGCUCGUCACCAGCAUGCCGACCAAGAAACUACCGAAGAAGUUCUUCAGCUGGGGCGCGGCGCCGCCGACGGAGGACAUGCAUUACGACAUGGGACCUGAGCCUCGCUCUCGCGGUGGCUCCAUUGAUAACGUUAGAACUGGGCAGAUCCUGUGGCUGAGAGGCCUGACCAGACUACAGACACAGCUGCGCGUCGUGCGAGCAUUCCGAAGCACGCUAGAGGAGGUCGAGGACGGCCGCUCCAUCCACAGUCUACACUCCAUGCACUCCCUGCGCUCAUCCCGCUCACAUCACCGCCCCCUCUCUGAGAUUCAAUUCAUCGACGACCCCCUGAAGUCCCCCACGGACUCGUACGAGAUUCCAUACACCGCGAUGGCACCACGGGACAAGUACGAAAUACCGUACGAGAUAUUACCCGAUGCCGAGGUGGUCAACACGGCCGAGAUGGUCCCGCUGAUGGAUAGCAAGCAGAAUGGGUUCAGCACCAACCCGGGCUCGAACCACGACGGCGGCAAUGGCUCCAACCCCGGUGUGAACAACCACGGGGCCAGCACUCUCAGCAGUCCCAAUUCCAUAAAUCCGCGUUGUUAAUGCUUUCCGCGAGGGCAGUGACACCCCAACUAGCCUAGCAACCAACCCUUCUCUCCAAAACGUGCUCUCCCAGUGGCAGGCCAAGCGGCCGUCGACGUGC